CGUGGUUUUUCUUCUCUCUACAUGUGUUCUGUGUGUAUUCUUGAGUAGUACGUUCGCUGAAAAUUUAGAGAUUAAUACUCAUGGUUAUGAUCCCCGCGAAACAGUGAUCCCGACGAGUAUGGCCCGCGGCGACAGUUUGGAUAAUAUUGCUCCGUCAACCUACGAAAAGGCAAAGGACAGGGUGACAACAGCUGAUGAACUCAACGAUGAAAUUGAAGAUGAAAUUGACUCGCGGGAGAUUUUCGAUAUCCUUUCGCAAGAUUUGUACGCGUUUCUUGAGGUAGACCUCCACAAGUGUGCAGUUGAUGUGGCCUUUCGGCCAACAAUACCACACUGCAGCAUGGCAACACUAAUUGGGCUAGCCAUCAGAGUAAAGCUGCUUCGUAGCUUGCCACCUGGAUUCAAGUUGGAUGUUCGGAUUCUUCCUGGUACUCAUGUGUCGGAAUCAGCAAUCAACAAGCAGUUGGAUGACAAAGAGCGAGUCGCUGCUGCAUUAGAGAACUCACACCUUCUACAAGUUGUCAACAGAUGCCUUCUGUUGCGUUGAGGACACUGAUCAUAAAAUGAAUUUUAAUUACAUAUGCAUAGGCAUACAAGAAAUAAUACAGUGCAAAUACAUGGUGCCAAUAUGUCAUUACUUUGUACAUUUGUUAACUAGUUUGAAGUAGCCAAUAUUCUUCAUUGGAAAACUGGAUGCUGCAACUAUCAAGGAUGUACGUACAAUAGCAGGGUACUAAAGAGUGCCAAUUUAACAUUCAUAUUUUUGCUUCUUACAACUUCAUGAUGAGGUUAAGUGUAGGGUAUGUACAAGUGAACACUUCAGCUUUACUACAAUUGGUGGCUCCUUCCACUGUUGUUUUAUCUUUGUAAAGGUGUGACAGCUCUUAGCCUCAAGUGCUUGACGUGAAAAGUUAAUCUGCAAUUAAAGUGCUGACCUGGUUCUGAAAUUUAUUGCAAA